GAGUUCAUAGCUGCUCUGUAUGUCUUCACGAUGUUUCGCUCAGAGUCUAAGAACGUUCUGGCCUCCGGGGGGUUGCACAUGCCCAAGAUCUUCACACCAAAGGAUCAGACCAAAUCAGUAGCAGGCCUGGUCCAGUGUGCCCUGGAGCGAACCCUCAGCUCCCCGCUGGGCCACUACGACAUGUUCCUGCGCUUCCUGUGUGGCAUGCUUUCUCCGGACUGCCACGACAAUCAGCUGGGCGGGUGUCUCUACCGCCACAACGCGCCAAAGGUUGGUGGACUGGAUGAGGCGCGGCGGCUGCUGGAGCACGCCAUACAGGCCGCUCAAGAAAACAAUAGAGACCGAGUGGAAAACUUAAAGGAGUGCCUUAGAGAAAUGAGUCAGGAAGAUGAGUGAGUUGGGGGUUAGAUUGCAUCAUGAAAAUCAGCUUCAAUGGAUGAAAGAGAAGUGUCUGUAGCAGCUUUGUUAUAUUUUGUGAUAAAAUCAGUGAUCCAAGUGUAAUGCUUUACAUGCUAAAAACACUCAACAGAACUUGAACUGACUUCUGAAGUCUGUCAUUUUGUCUUUGAUAACAUAAGAUUUCAUUCAAGAGAAGUUUUGAUUAAGGGAUGAAAGAGUUUGUGUCAGCACUGUUAGUGCUGUACCAGAUGAAAUAAAUGUUAUUUUAUGCAUUCCA